AUGGGUUCAGAACAGAGUUCAGAAGGACUUGACAAUCUAAAAAUUCUGGCGAAGAGAUUGACCAACAGUCAUGAUUCUAAUACUGAAAAUGCUCAAAAGGUUCCUAUUGUGAUGGUUCCGGGAUUCUCGGGAUGGGGAACACCUCUUUUUGGUGCCGUCAAUUACUGGGGAGGAAUUGAAAACAUUCCCCAGAAACUCGCGGAAGACGGUAAAACAGUGAUUGUAACUCCAAUAGCGCCCUUAUCUUCUAAUUGGGAACGUGCCUGUGAACUUUAUGCUCAACUUACAUCUAAAAGAUUCCUCUGGUAUGACCUUAAAAAAGGUACAUUCAAUAACCAUAAUAAUUAUCAGGGGAUCGAAGUGGACUACGGCGACAUAUUUCCCAGAAUUUAUGAAUAUGAACAGCAUACGAAGAAUCGAAAACUCCCGAUUAUAUUCACAAAAGAUGACAAAGAGGAAUGGGCGGACUGGGUCUGGAGCAAAGAUAAACCAGUUCACUUCAUUUGCCAUUCGCAAGGAGGGAAUACGGUUCGCUAUUUGCUCCACCUUAUGGAACGUGGCUCGCGAAACUUGACAGAUGCCACUCGACCUGAAUUUGAUUCCCCAGCGCACGCGACUUACUUUAAUGAGUCUGGACGCAGUAAUUGGACGAUUUCAGUGUCGACUAUCGGCACGCCGCACAGGGGCUCAACAAUCAUUGAUGCUAUUCAGGAUUAUUUUAAAGCGGCGACUCCUGACGAAAAGACUAAGCUAAUUGGCCGCCUGUUCGCAAUACUCUCCUUCAAUGAUCCCGAAAACAGAUUCUAUGAUCUGCAGCUUGAUCAUUGGGGAAUCAACAGACUCACAACUGCGGUAGGAAGGGAAUCUUUCCCUGAAAUGCGAGCGAGACUGGAAUCUCCCGCAAAUAACGCUCCGGUGUACCGAUGGCUUCAUCAAAACCACAAUGGACUCUAUGAUAAUACGAUUGCUGGGGUCAGAGAUUUGAACAAUUCAACUAUUCCUACAUUGAACAAUAUAUACUACUUCAGUCUAUCCUUCAGCUGUGUGAAACCAUUUCCAAAAGGCUGGCCAAAAUGGACAUUGAAUUCGCUAAAGUAUUACCCGUUGCGUAUUCGCGAAGUUACCAAACCAAUACCAAUUGUCAAUGGUAUCGCUCGAUUAACGGAUAAUGCCGUUACCUUAGCCGCGUGGUCUGCUGAGUCUAUAGCAACUCCGUUCCGCGAGGUUAUGUGCUGGGCUACGAACUAUAUUAUCAAUCCUUUUAUUGAGGAAGCCGGCUACAAAGUCACAGUUCCUGGGCCACCGGAUUAUCAACCAGUACCGAGUGUCUUCCCACCUAUGCUCCCAACUGCAUAUGCUAUGGGCUGCUACAAUUUAACUGAAUGCCAAGUUAACAUUCUGGGGGAUGAUACACACGACUGGAAGAUCAAUGAUGGCGUUGUUAAUACAGCUUCUAUGAAAGGCCCACUCAAUCGAGAUGAUGAUCAACGUGAUAAUAGCGAUACAGAACUUAUCGCAGAUGCAAGCCAAUUUCCCCACAGGUUAGAGGAAAUAAGAGCGGCCAGAGGAAAGUAUUGGCACUGUGGUACCACGACUGGUAUGGACCAUGCUGAUCAAAUUGGCAUUUUUAUUGAAGAAAGCACAGUAAGGCUUCUUUAA